CGCGCGUUGUCCCGUAAGCGUCCGGCUCACACCUCCCUCGGCCGGGCUGCGCGCGGCGGAGCAGCGGUACCGCCAUGGAGGCCGCUCCCCGGUCCCGGCCUCGGCCCGGCGGGGCUGCCGCUUCUCCGCCGCCACCCCCACCGCCCCCGGAGCAGGAGCGGAAGCUGGAGCAAGAGAAGCUCUCGGGGGUGGUGAAGAGUGUCCACCGACGGCUGCGCAAGAAGUACCGCGAAGUGGGAGACUUUGAUAAAAUCUGGCGUGAACACUGUGAGGAUGAGGAAACUCUCUGUGAAUAUGCUGUGGCAAUGAAGAACCUUGCAGAUAAUCACUGGGCAAAAACUUGUGAAGGGGAAGGCCGAAUUGAAUGGUGUUGCAGUGUGUGUCGGGAAUAUUUUCAGAAUGGAGGGAAAAGAAAAGCACUUGAGAAAGAUGAGAAGAGAGCACUUCUUGCUUCUAAGACCACUCCAGCCUUAAAUGUUUCCCAGCCUCCCAAGAUUGAAGACCCCUUACCAAACUUUGGCUUGACAAAUCAUGAAGCUAUAACAGAAGAGUUGCUUCACUCCUUGGGAAAAAUCAGAUUGCUUGAUGUUGGAAGCUGCUUUAAUCCAUUUCUGAAGUUUGAAGAAUUUCUGACAGUUGGCAUAGAUAUUGUUCCAGCUGUUGAGAGCGUAUACAAAUGCGACUUCUUAAAUCUUCAAAUUCAGCAACCUCUUCAGCUGGCACAAGAUGCUAUAGAUGCCUUUCUUAAGCAACUGAAAAAUCCCAUUGAUUCUUUACCUGGAGAACUAUUCCACGUUGUUGUUUUUUCACUCCUCCUCUCUUAUUUUCCAUCACCCUAUCAGCGGUGGAUAUGCUGCAAGAAGGCACACGAACUUCUCGUAUUAAAUGGCUUAUUGCUUGUCAUAACUCCUGAUUCAUCUCAUCAGAAUCGUCGGGCUAUGAUGAUGAAAAGCUGGAGAAUUGCCAUAGAAUCCUUGGGUUUUAAACGCUUUAAGUAUUCCAAGUUUUCUCAUAUGCACCUGAUGGCUUUUAGGAAAACCUCCCUGCAAACAACAAGUGACUUAGUUAGCAGGAACUACCCUGGAAUGUUGUAUAUCCCACAGGAUUUCAACAGUAUAGAGGAUGAGGAGUAUUCCAACACUUCCUGCUACAUUCGAUCAGACAUGGAAGAUGAACAGCUAGCUUACGGUUUUAUGGAGCUACCUGAUGCUCCUUAUGACUCGGACUCUGGAGAAAGCCAGUCUAGUUCAAUUCCUUUUUAUGAGCUCGAAGAUCCUGUAUUGCUUCUAAGUUAAUGUAGCAGUUGACGUGCUAAGUCAGACCUCUUGCUUAACUAAUUUUGCUAUACUAACAUGGGCUCAACACACAACAGUGGUUUGCAUAAAGAAAAUGCAAAGGUUUACAGAGUUUGCUAUUUUUUUCUACUUUGAAAUUUUAAAAUAUAUUCUUGUAUGAGAGUGAAAAAAAGUUUUAUGCAAGUGACUCUUGUCAUAGCAUAAAUUGCUGUUACUUUCUUUAGAAUAUAUAUCACUAAUUUUCUGCCAGAAAGGUACCAUUCUUUUCUUUAGUGCUGUGAAGUGUGAAUUCUAUUUAAUUUGCUAAAUGUUGUUUCAAUAUUUUUAACUCUUAAUGUGAUUGAGCUUAAGGCACUGGAGUUGGUUGGCUUCUGAGAAGUAAAUGUAGGAAGAACUAAUUUGCACUUUAAUUAAAUGUGCAGAUGGGUUAAGACACUUGGUUACACAUGUCCCUACUUAAUUACAGAACAAAACUUAUUUCCAAAAUUUGUUUCACUCUGGUUAAGCCUGGGCUGGAGAAACUGUAAUGCACAUUUGAUUUUACUUUCAUUGCUGCCCUCUUGAGAUAACACCAAAACACUUGAAUAGGUUAAUCCAAAGUUACACACGCUGUGUAAUUUCGAUGCAUAAGUAGCAGGUAGACGUGAGAUUCCUAAAGAGAUUACCCUGCACAAACAGAGGAGUAUGGUACGUCUAGAUGAUUGUUUCACCUCAAAGCUGGAACAUGAGUUUGCAGUUAUAUAUGUGUACAAGCACUAACACAUAACAGUAUUUCCCUGAUAAUAGUGUUUUGUAUUCUUUUCAAACUGUUUUGGGGUUGUGUUCUUUGAUGUUGGGUUGUUGUUUUUGUGGGUUUUUUGGGUGGAUUUUUGGGGGGAUGGGGGAGGGGCAGGAUGGUUUUUUUUUUUUU